AUGUUCAUGAAUCAAACACGUUGUUUUGUACUACUACUACUACUACUACUACUUGUUGUUUUAUCAGCAACAACAAUAGAUAUUGAAGAUGAUUCCAAUGAUGAUAUUGAAUUGACCAGCGAUAUGCCAAAUGUUUGUUCAAAAAUUGAAACACGUACAAUAACUAAAUUAAUUCCAUGUCUCAAAAGUUAUGAUCAUCUUGUUAAAGUCUGGUCACGUAAUUGUUCUAAUGGUCGUCGUGUAUGUCCAAUAUAUGAACACAAAACGGAAUACUAUCGAAGUGAACAAAAAGUAACAAAAGAAGUCAAUAUAACUAUUUAUCAUUGUUGUCUCGGAUGGACACGUCUUAUUCAUGAUUAUGGUUGUCCUAUUGCAAUGCAACCAAAUCGAGUACAAAGAAAAAUUCCACUACGUCAUCAAAUAAAUUCAAUGAAUAAUCGUUGUCCACAUAAUCGUUUUGGUAUACAUUGUGAAUAUUCAUGUUCUCAAUGUGUUUAUGGUACAUGCAAUUGGCGUAUGAAAACAUGUGAUUGUCAAUCAGAUUUUACUGGAACUUUUUGUAAUCAAACGACAUUAUUUGGAAGAAUUGAUCAAAUGCAUCGAUGUCAAUUAUGUCAUAAAGGAAAUACAGCUUCAUGUCAUAUGGAAACUGGCAAGUGUCAAUGUUUGCCUGGUCAUCAUGGAAUUCAUUGUGAAGAAGAUUGUCCAAUGAAUUCUUAUGGACGUGAUUGCGUACAUCGAUGUUCAUGUCAAAAUGGAGCAAAAUGUGAUUCUCGUGAUGGCCAUUGUUUUUGUUUAGCUGGUUUUACGGGUAGUCGAUGUGAGACAGCAUGUCCGCAAGGUACUUUUGGACAUAUGUGUUUACAAAAAUGUCAAUGUGGAAGUGAUAAUAAUGUUUGCAAUUCACGAACAGGAGAAUGUAAUGCAUUUCUUUGUAAUGGUAAUUCAAAAUGUUUACUAGAACAAGAAAGAAAAAAAUCAUACAUAUCUCUAUGUCCAGAAGGUUUUUUUGGUCCACCACGAUGUCGUCAAAAAUGUAUGUGCGUGAAUAAUGCUCAAUGUGAUCCGUUAUCUGGACGUUGUCUUUGUCAUUCGGGUCAUGUCGGACGCUAUUGUGAACGAUCUUGUGAACGUGGUUGGUAUGGACCUGGAUGUAUUCAUCGAUGUGAAUGUCAUGAUGAUACAGCAUGUGAUGCUCGUACAGGUGCCUGUAGUUGCAAAAUGGGUAUGACAGGAAAAUUUUGUGAUGAAGAAUGUCCGGAAGGAACAUAUGGACAGAAUUGUUCAGAAAUAUGUCAAUGUAAAAAUGGUGCUCGAUGUAAUAAAGUUACAGGUUGUUGUUCUUGUCCUGUUGGAUAUCAUGGCUCAUUUUGCCAAUUUAGUUGUCGACCAUUUACAUUUGGAUUUUAUUGUUCUGAAACAUGUAAUUGUUCUUCAGAAACAUCUGAUGGUUGUGAUGGUAAAACGGGUAAAUGUCGAUGUAAAUCUGGUUUUCAUGGUGAACGAUGUGAGACUCCAUGUUCUGCGGGACAAUGGGGAGAAGAUUGUUUAAAUAAAUGUGAUUGUAGUGGAAGUUCAUGUAAUUCUCAAACAGGUUUAUGUAAUUGUUCACCGGGUCGAACAGGUAUUCGAUGUGAACAAGAUUGUCCAAUGAAUACUUAUGGUAUAGGUUGUAAACCUUGUUUAUGUCAAUCAUUUCAAUUAUGCGAUGUAGUAACAGGCGAAUGUCAAUGUCCAGCAGGUUGGAAAGGUGAUGCUUGUCAAUUUCCAUCAACAGCAAAUGGACCUGAAAUUGUUUCAUCUAUUUCUGAUGAUAAAGUACAAGCUAUUCAACUAACUGUAGAUGAUAAUGAUGAACGCUUGAGUAUUAGAAUUGGUUUAGAUUAA